AUAAAGAUAUUAAAAACGAAAACAAAAAUUACAAAACAAAUACUUUGCGAUAUUAUUUAAUGAAAACUACUUUGGUGGUAUUUAUUAUUUUAGGAUUAGCCUUUUCUAAGAUAGGCGCAAAAUAAAGUUAAACAUAGAGUGUUACAAUCAACAAUAAUAAUCCAAUGUAGAGUGUUACGAUCACCAAAGGAGGGUAGCCAUAAGGUGAUACUACUACAUGGGAUGGAGUUUAUAAAAGUUUGAAAGUGACUGAUAUUGGUUAAAAACCUGUAGAUCCUGUUGUUACUCCUGCUCAAUGGGAUGGAGUUUAUAAGAGUUUGAAAGUGACUAAUGAUGUUACAAAACCUGAAGAACCUCCUGUUUUACCACCAAAAGUAUGCCCCACUCUUUACAAGCAAUGCUAUUUCAAAGGAGAUCCAAUCUAGCUUUGUGAUAAAAUUCCUAAAUUCGAUAUUAAAACCAUUCAUAGUGUCUGGAUCCCUGAUGGCAGCAGAGUUACUCUUUAUGAAAAAAGCGACUAUAGCGGAAAAUCAAUAACCUUCAAAGAGACUAUUCCUUGCAUUGAUUCAUUAAGUUUCUCUUGAAAGAAGCUGGUCAAAUACUAAAAAAAUAUUUGCAAGCUUAUAGAAAAUAAAUAUUUUAUAUAAUAGUAUGAAUACAUUAAUAUCUAAGUGGAUUUAUAUCUAUUUAGUAGAAGAUUAAUUAAAUAUCACAAAAUAAAUAAUUGAAUUU